AUGCAACAAAACAAGGUCACAACCCACCAAAAAUUCAACAACACCUCAUUAUUGAUCACACAACUACUACUGCUUGUACUGCUACUGAUCAGUAACAAUCAAGUAGUAGUGGUAGUGGAUGCUCUCUCGCUCGUAUCUGGCAAGAUACAAACAAAUUCUCCAAACUGCUACAGAUAUACUAGUUCUGACACGAUAUUUGGAUUGGAUGAUACGUUUGUGGGGUCUGGUGUGGUGCCUUAUCCUAGAAAUUGUCCAGCUGCACCUGAUUGUGAUUUGUAUAUUACACCUUCGAGUUGUUUGGGAUGGAAUGGACCAAUAGCUGCGUAUGGACCUCUGGGAACAUUAGGACCAUUGAGUCAUGAAGUACCUAGUCCUAGUGGAGCUUAUGCUCUCUUUCAGGAAUAUUUGGAAAUCUUGCUAGGUCCAUACUAUAAGGAAUAUAAUCCUCUUAUUUAUAAUUCGGAAAAUCCAUUGUCUGCUGAUGGGCCUCUAGGUGAUUCUUUCUAUAAUUUAAUGCCAUUGAUUAAUGAUUUUACUAAACACAUGCAAGGAUUGGGAGUUUGGUCAAUUAUGGGUCCUCUAGGUCCUUUGGGCCCUCUGGGUGGAUUAGGGCCAUUGGGACCAAUUGGAAUUCAUGGGUUUACUAGGAAUGAAAAUGGAGAUUAUGUAGAUUCAAAGGGAGUUAUUCAGAGAUUUGUCACUGUUGCAUGGGAUGAUAAAACGAAUGUGAGAUGGCCACUCUAUGAAGAUUACACAAAAAAUAGAGCGAUGCAAUUAAGUUCUCUUGGUCAAUUGGAUACCAGUUUUAUGGUUACAACAACUGGCUCACUUAACGCAGACGUUUAUGUUGUUAACGUUACAGAACCUCAAUAUGUUUCCGUAUUGGUAGUUCCAGAUAUUUAUGCCAAGAAUUUCAAGAUUCAAAUUACUGAAAAGAAGAGUAGAAAAGUAAUUGCCAAAUCAGGAAUUGAUACAAGCUAUUUGAAUCCUUGGGUUCAAUUCUAUGUGAGCCCUGAAAACUUACAAAAAGGAUCUCUCUUAUUUGAAAUUUCCAUUUCGGUAGAUCCUUCUGAUUGUGGAGCAUUGUCAGUAAUUCAAUGUUAUAUGAAUUAUUAUUUGCAUGUGGUUGGAAGUACAGCUCAAAUGUUGAGACGACCAAAUAUUACCUAUUCUGGGAAAUAUAUCAAGACAGUUUGCUUAAACCAUUAG